GUCAUGGCGCUUCCUGGCUGGAUGGCAAACCUGCUGGCCGCUGCAUCCUUCUUCUGUUUUCUGGGUUUAUGUUUUCGCUUCAGACGUGCGGGACAGCUGCUUUGGAGAAAACUGUUCGGCAGAAUAAUGGCUCGCACUGAGAAGCCAUUGUUCCGAAUUGCAUACACACUGUACACCAGGACCAGACUUGGCUAUAUGUACUAUAAGAGGCAGAUGCGGAAAGCCCGGGAACAUUACCCUACUGGACAUUCCACCGCUUAUCCCAUGGAGUUCAAUGGCAUUAAAAUCAUUCCUAUCCCAGUGCUCUCUGACAACUACAGCUACCUUGUGAUUGACACAGCCUCGAGUGUUGCUGUGGUCGUGGAUCCUGCAGACCCGCAGACAGUCCAGGUGGUCCUUGAGGCGGAGGGAGUGAUGUUAGAGGCAAUUUUAUGCACACACAAGCACUGGGACCACAGUGGGGGGAACAAAGGGCUGAAAAGGCUACACAGUUCAUGUCGAGUUUAUGGAAACGCAGCUGAUAACAUUCCUGGCCUCACGCACCCUCUGGCACACAAGGACUCCGUUGUCAUCGGCCGGAUGCACUUUACGGCCCUCUUCACUCCCGGACACACAGUGGGUCACAUGAUCUACCUCCUGGAUGGCCAAGCAGUCGGGGCCCCUUCGAGCCUCUUCUCUGGUGACCUGGUGUUCCUCUCAGGAUGUGGAAGGAUGUUCGAAGGCAGUGCCACCACCAUGCUGUCCUCGCUGGAUACCGUUGGCUCUUUAAGCGAUGAUACCUUGCUAUGGCCCGGUCAUGAGUAUGCAGAGGACAACCUGCUCUUCGCUGCUGAGGUUGAGCCACGCAACGCUGCCAGGGAAAACAAAUGCGAGUGGGUCCUCCAGCAGCGCGGCCAGAAGCUGUGCACGAGUCCGUCUACAAUCGGAGAGGAGAAGCAGUACAAUCCGUUCCUGCGGAGCCACUGUGCAGAGCUCCAUCAGGCUCUGGGGGUCCAGCAGUUCCAGGAUGAAGACUGGACACAGUUCAGGGCGCGGGUGCUCGAGGAGCUACGGAAACGCAAAGACCUCUACAACAGAAGAUAGCUGGAGGAGUCAGGUAGCAGGGACGAGGACAGCUGAGCUCAUGUCCUGGACGAUGGUACGAAAGGGGCCACGGGCCGUGAGAUAUUACCCAUGAGCUCAUUACUGCGGUACCAUGUUUUAAAAGCUGAUCUGUUGUGAACAUUUAAAGGGGCAUUAGGUCAUUUUUGACCUCUACUAACAUUACCACCACUGGAAAGGUUCACAGUUUUAUCAUUACAUAAUAAUAAUAGUACAAAUAUGACAUCUCCACAUGCUGUAGAUAAGUGGUUCCCGACUAGAGAUCGCAGGAGGUGAUCGAAGCUGCUUCCUCUGAGGGUGUCGGGUUAUAUCCACAUCUGAGGAAGGAAAUCAUGAGAGGACCUCUCUUUUUUUUUUUUUUUUUUUUUUUUAAGAAUCUUUUAAUUCUAUGUUUGAGGGUCUACGGUCCUUAUCAGAGGUAAACUCGAGGGUCUCCAGGGAAAACAGUUGGGAACCACUGCUGUAGAUUAAGGUCACCUCAGUAUCUGAACCGAUCAGUGCUUCUUUAUUACUGUUUUGUUUCAUCCUUAAUAAUAAUAAUGCAGAUUUGCAUGAAUUGUGUAUGGUUAUUUUAUGAAUAGGUACUACCAGAUUUUUAUUUCUGACACUUGAAAUUUCAUGUGUAAACAAAUUCAUGAGCCACAUUGAAUGAUUUAACAUGUUAACAGUUUGAGUCAUUUUUUAAAAACCUAAAUAAUUUCUCUUUGAAGGCCUUUCAGGACUGUUUCGGUGCACAGACCUGGUUUCUCAAUUGCCGUGCUGCUGCAGAGUGAGGAACUUUACCCUGAAUGCUUGACACUUUGGGAUUUGAGUGUUCAGUUGUGAAUGGUUGAUAUCGUGGUACUGUUUUCAUCUAUUUCAAUAAUUUAAGAAUAUACUACACAUGAUUUGUAGCUGGUACUUUGUGGUUUUGUGAGUAAGAAACAAGCAGUGUGCUUUAGGUUUUUUUUCAGUGUUUUAACUUGCUGAAACAAAUGACUCAGAAGAGUUUGACCAGGUGAAAGUCACAAGGCAACUGUUAUUUUAUUUUAUUUUUUGAUUUUGUUUUAAUUUGAGUUUAUUGUAUUUUUGACAGCAACAAAAUCAAAGAAAGGGCCAAAGAGUAAACAGUUUUUUUUUUUUUUUGUGGGAUGCCAAUUAAUUUUCCACCUUUAAAUCUAUAUUUCUAAGUAUUGUUUUACUGCAUGAGUGAGUCAGAUGACAGAUGUGAAGGAUUUGACUUGUAAACAUAUAAAACAAGACUGAAUGACUCUUGAGGGGCUUUCUAUGUACGCCUUUCAAACUUUGACUGCAUUUAAAAUGAAGAUCAUUAGAUUCCAUGUUGAGGAUGGAUUCGGCUAUUCCUAAUAGCAAUAAUGAUUUUCUGUUUCAGUUUGAAGAGCACACAAUAUGGCAUUGACUGUGAAAUGCUUUUACAGAAAGGAAUGUUUUCUUGAGCAAUAAAAAAAAAA